AUGAGUGAAUCAAUGAUGAAUGUUGAAAGUACAGUUAUUGAUGGAAGUUUUUGUCAACCACUAGAAAGUACUCGUUUAACACGAACAUCUAAUUGGUCACCAAAUGAAACAACAAUACGUUCUUCAAAAAAUAUCCCAUGUAUUACGAAAUCUGAACAACAACUAUAUAAAUUAUAUGCUCAAGCAUUAGCUGAUUCAGAAGUAACACAAGAUUGGAGUAGUUGGGUUGAAAUGAUGACAAUUAAUUGUCAAAAAUGUUGUUCUGAAGCUGAAAUCUCUCAUCCAAUUGCUUUUCGUACUGGUCGACAACCACAAUUAUCUCGAAAUAUUCGCACGUUACAAAUCGAACGUGAUAGUUGGCUUUUAUGGAAUCGAGCACGUGAUACAUUAAAUAAUACCCGACAAGAUCUUCCAGAAGUGAUCCCAGGUAGUAGUGAUCGAUUAAUUGUCGAACAUCAUCUUUUAAAUAACCCACAAUUACGUAUGGCUAAAGCCGUACAAGGAUGGCUACAAACAAUAAAACUUGAUGAACGUUAUCAAACAGAUAUUAAAAUGGCUAUGACAAAAUUAGAACCAAAAAGAAUUUAUUGGGAAAAGACUUGUCAUUUUCUUAAAUCAUCGUAUAAUGCAAAUCUUCCAAAUCCAUAUAUAACUUCUUUGGAUUUUGAUGCUACACAUAAACAAAAACGACGUUUAUGUGAUACAGAUGAACAAGAAGAAAAUGAUUUACUUCAAAUAGUUUUUAAUUUAUUACGUGUUGGAGAAUAUUCUAAAGCUAAAAAUAUAUGUAAAUCAACUGGUUAUCAUUGGUUAGCAGCAUUAUUAUCAGCUAAUGAAUUAUAUCAUGAUGAAAAUUAUUAUUGUUCAGAAACAAAUGAUAUUAUUUAUCCUGUUGAAGGAAAUAAAAAACGUAUUCAAUGGAUUGAAAGCAUGUAUGAAUUGUCUAUGGAUAUGCGUUUAAAACUUUAUGAACGUGCAAUCUAUGGUCUUCUAUGUGGUCGAAUUGAAGCAUUAAUACCAGUCUGUAAGACAUAUGCUGAUUAUCUUUGGGCAUAUAUUUCAUGUUAUAUUGAACAAGAAAUUCAUCAUAUUCUAAUAUGUGCUCAUCAAAAUGAAUUAACUGAUAUAGAAAAACAUCGUAUUCUAUCUGAUAAUGGAAUAAGAAAUCGUCAAUUAAAAAUGCCAUUAAUAUUUGAUGAAAUUCUUGCUGGAUGUCCAACACAUAUACGUGAUGAAGCAUUAUUACCAUUUAAUUUAAUACAAAAAUAUUUAAUACUUGCUGAUUAUGAUCGUUUAUUUCAUAGUAUAUUAUCAUUUUUACAUAUAAAUAAUGAAUUAAAUGGAAGUUUAUUACGUUUUUCAACACAUAUUUGUUUAUUUUUAUAUGAACAAGAUCAUUCAGAGAAAUUUAAUCAAAAGAAUUUUAUUGAAAUUUUAACAACAUAUAUUCAUCAUCUUAUUGAAUUAGAAUUUAAAGAUCUUGUUUGUUAUUAUAUAUCAAAAUUACCAUUAGAUAAUCAAUCAACAAUAAUGGCAAAAUUUCUAGAUACAUUAUCAAAUCGACAAGAUAAAGAAUAUUAUUUAAAACAAGGUUUUACAUAUAAAAUUGAUAUUGAUACAUCAUUAUUAAUACUUGCGGCUAAUCAAAGACGAGAUCAAACAUUUGAUAAAGAUAAUAAUGAAGAAAUUAUAUCAACAAAUUCAAAAAAUCUUAAUGAAAAUGAUUAUAAACAAUUAGAAGCAUUAAAAUUAUUAACAACAUUUUUAUCAACACAAACAUUAGAUGCACUUCGUUUUGCUAAUCAAAUAUGUCGAUAUUUUCUUAAUGAUAGUAAAUAUGAAGGAAUUCGAAUAGCUUUAUCAUAUUUUCCACAUGAUAUUGAUAUUCAUACUAUUGAAGCAAAUAAUCGUCAACAAUCAGUAGAUGAUUUACGAGAAUUUAAAGCAUUUGGAGCUUAUAUUGCAGCUCUUGAAGCCAUUCAACGUUGGUCUGAAAUGCAUCAAAAACAACAAAAUAAUACUUCUACUACGACACGCGAAGAUCAAGCUUAUUUACCAAUAGUAAUAAAAGCUUGUUAUGACGUAUUUGAUUAUCCACAAGGUUGGCUAGUUGAUAGCACGAAUGUUCAUCAGACAUUAUCGGACAAUGAAAAUCGUCAAAUUGAAAUGUCAGUCUUACGUCAUAAAUAUAUUCCAAUGUUAGCAUGCAAUCUAUUUCGUAUAUUUGAUUUAAUUAAACAAGAACAAGAAACAUUUCGUUUAAUUAUAUUUCUAUCUGAUAGUCGAAAACAACAACUUUAUACAUUAUUUUCUAAAGAAACUCUUGAUUCAGUACUUUUAUUAACUGAACAUGCAGCUGAACGAUGUCUUGAUCGACAACAACAACAGACUGACGAUACAAUAGUUAAUUAUUUUCUAUAA